AUGCAGGAUCCAGUACAGGCGAAUGCUAACCAGAUGCUGAUGCAAAUUCUGCAGCAGCAGCAACAGUUGAUGGCGCAACUCACUCAACAGGUUUCAGCUACCCAGCUGGCCAUUCAGAGGAUGUCAAAGGAUGAAACCAUUUUGGAUUCGCUUUCUAGUAACAUCACCGAGUUCGUCUACGACCCGGAGCAGGGCUGUACAUUCGACUCUUGGUAUGCGCGAUAUGAGGAUUUGUUCGACAAAGACGCGGAAAAACUGGAUGAUGCAGCAAAAGUCCGGUUACUUAUGAGAAAACUGAAUCCACCAGCACAUGAGCGGUUUACCAGUUUUAUCUUACCUAAACUGUCGAAGGAGCUAACGUUCAGUGAAACAGUUGCAAAAUUAAGAACGAUUUUCGGAUCUCCAGUUUCGGUGUUUCACCGCCGUUAUUUGUGCCUUCAGACGACAAAGGACGAUGCCGAUGAUCUUGUGUCGUAUUCGUGCAAAGUAAAUAAAGCGUGUGUGGAUUUUAAGUUGCGAGACCUAUCAGAGGAACAGUUCAAAUGUCUCAUUUUUGUGUGCGGUUUGAAAUCACCCCGUGACUCAGAUAUUCGCAUGAGGUUGAUAAACAAACUAAAUGAGACCGAAGACAUCUCUCUGGAAAAAGUAGUGGAAGAUUGUAAAACGUUACUGAACCUGAAGCAAGACAACAGUCUUGUGGAAAAGCAGCAAUCGCUCAGUGCUGUGAAUGCCGUUCAUAAAGAGCGGCCUCCAAAACCAUACAAUAAACAAGGUGGCGGGGGGACAGUAAAUAACAAUCAUCCCAAAACCCCAUGUUGGUCGUGUGGGGGAAUGCAUUUUUCUGCAGAUUGCCCAUUUCGGGAACAUAAGUGUCGCGAGUGCAAGAAAAAAGGUCAUAAAGAAGGAUAUUGUGCCUGUUUUUCGUCCGACAACAACAGUGGCAGUAGCAAGAAGAAAAAGAAGAAGUACAGUGGGAAGAACAAAGAUGUGAAGAUAGUGUCAGUGAAGAACAUCAGUCAGCAGAGGAAGUUUUCCGAAAUCGAAAUCAACAAGAUUGCAGUUCGGUUGCAGAUCGACUCAGCGUCGGAUAUUACGAUCAUUUCCGACGAAUGUUGGCGGCAAAUCGGACAACCUCAAGGAACAACACCCUCCUGCAACGCCAAAUCUGCUACUGGGGGAUCAAUUGAUCUGGCCCGGGAGUUUUGGUGUGAUGUAAACAUCGGCGGCAAAUCGAAGAGAUGCUUGUGUCGUGUAGCUUCACCCAAUCUCGAUCUAAACAUUCUGGGAUCCGACUGGCUUGAGCUUUUCGGAUUAUGGGACGUUCCUAUCAGUUCGUUCUGUAACAAAGUCACCAACCGACAGCCCCGCACGGAUGAUUUUCUGCAAGCCCAGUUUCCGAAAGUUUUCUCAAGUGAAAUGGGACUCUGCACGAAGACAAAAGUUCGACUGACGCUGAAGGGAGAUCCCAAACCAGUCUACCGUGCAAAGCGUCCAGUUGCGUACAGUGUUCAAGGUGCGGUAGAAGACGAACUUCAACGGCUGCAAACAUUGGGAAUCCUCCAACCAGUCGAUCACUCAGAUUGGGCAGCACCGAUCGUCGUUGUGCGGAAACCGAACGGUAGAGUCCGCAUAUGUGCCGAUUUUUCGACGGGUCUCAACGAUGUGUUGGAGUCGAACCAGUGUCCGCUUCCGCUACCAGAAGACAUCUUUACCAAGAUGGCCGGAUGUAAGGUCUUCAGUCAUAUUGACCUAUCCGAUGCCUAUCUCCAAGUGGAAGUGGACCCCCGAGAUCAACCUCUCCUGACAGUCAACACCCACAAGGGUCUAUUUCGCUAUACUCGCCUCACGCCUGGAAUCAAGUCAGCUCCGGGUGCUUUCCAGCAGAUCAUGGACGCAGUGGUGAGUGGCAUCGGAAGAACCUGUGGUUAUUUGGAUGAUGUGCUAGUGGGAGGACGUACGAAACAAGAACAUGAUCUGAAUCUGAAACAAGUGCUUCAACGUCUCGAAGAAUACGGAUUUACAGUGCGAAUUGAAAAGUGCAGGUUCAACAUGGAAGCAGUGGAAUAUUUAGGGCAAAUCUUGGAUGGUGAUGGCAUCAGACCCGAUCCGGGAAAAACUUCAGCUAUCGCUACCAUGCCGCCGCCUCAAGAUGUUCCGUCACUCCGUUCAUAUCUUGGUGCCGUAAAUUAUUACGCAAAGUACAUUCCGGAAAUGCGAAAGUUACGGUUCCCGAUGGAUCAACUCUUGAAAUCUGGCGCAAAGUGGAUUUGGUCGGAUUCAUGUCAGCGAUCAUUCAACCGAUUCCGUGAAAUUCUACAGUCACCGUUAGCGCUCACGCACUACAAUCCAACCAUGGAACUCAUAGUGUCAGCGGAUGCGUCAAACUACGGAAUUGGAGCGCGAAUUGCCCACAAGCUGCCAGACGGGUCAGUGAAGCCGAUAUCGUAUGCGUCAAGAAGCCUCACACCAGCCGAGUACAACUACAGUCAAAUCGAGAAGGAAGGGUUGGCGUUGAUCUUCGCAGUAACACGGUUCCAUCGGAUGAUCUUCGGACGACAUUUCGUUUUGGAAACGGACCACAAGCCAUUACUAGCUAUCUUUGGUUCGAAAAAGGGCAUCCCGGUGUAUACAGCCAACAGACUCCAGCGAUGGGCGUUAACGUUGUUGCUGUACGACUUUAGCAUCAAAUAUGUCAGUACGGAUAGUUUCGGCUAUGCAGAUAUCCUGUCCCGUCUGAUCAACACCCACGUCCGUCCAAACGAAGACUACGUCAUCGCAUCGAUCGAACUGGAAGAAACCAUGGAAGACAUCGUCAAGCAGUCAGUGAAAGUUCUCCCAGUUACGUUCAAGAUGAUUCAAACUGAAACAAGGUCGGAUGCAGUCCUGAAACAGGUGAAGCAGUUCGUCCAAACAGCGUGGCCGUCCGAUCAGUCCAAAUUCAACGAUCCACAGUUACAGCAGUUCUAUCAGCGGCGCGACAGUCUCUCAGUUGUUUCCGAUUGUCUCACCUACGGGGAACGACUAGUGAUUCCAACGAAAUUCCAAGAUCGAGUUCUACGCCUUCUACACAAGGGACACCCAGGAGUAGAAAGGAUGCGGUCCGUAGCACGUAACUACGUCUAUUGGCCUGGAAUCGACGAGCAGAUCAGUCAACGUGUUCGUUCGUGCGUGGAAUGUUCGAGAGCAGCCAAGACCAACAGUAAAACCAACCUGGAAUCUUGGCCAGCACCAGAAAAGCCUUGGCAGCGGAUACAUGCAGAUUAUGCUGGACCUGUUGACGGCAAUUACUAUUUGAUUGUUGUUGAUGCUUUCAGCAAAUGGCCAGAAGUCAUCUCUACCAAGCGUAUCACAACAUCUGCAACUGUGGCCAUGUUUCGGAAGAUCUUCGCCAGAAACGGAUUUCCGGAGACAUUGGUGACAGACAACGGUACGCAGUUCACCAGUGAACAAUUCGAAGUUUUCUGCAACAACCGUGGCAUCCUGCAUCUGAAGACGCCACCAUACCAUCCACAGUCGAACGGACUCGCCGAGAGAUUCGUCGACACAUUCAAGCGAGGACUUCGCAAAAUCACGGCGGGGGGAGAGGCCCUCGAAGAAGCAAUCGAUACUUUCCUACUGUGUUACCGUUCCACUCCAUGUCGUAGCGCACCUGAAGGGAAGUCACCUGCGGAACUACUACUGGACAGGAAACUACGAACAGGAAUGGAUCUACUGAAACCGCCAACUUCGUACCACAAGCAAGCUGAAUCCAAGCAGGAAGAUCAAUUCAUCCGGAAACAUGGCACGAAAGCACGAAACUACAAUGCCAAAGAUCUGGUUUGGAAUAAGGUUUACCGAAACAAUACCUGGUCAUGGGAACCCGGUCAAAUUCUAGAACGGAUUGGACGAGUUAUCUACAAUGUGUGGCUACCUGGUAAGCGGGAUCUUGUGAGGUCUCAUGCGAAUCAACUGAAAAAACGGUAUGAGUCAGAACAGCCGGCAACACGAGUACAACAGCAGUCUACGCAAAUUCCGUUAACCGUACUUCUGGAAUCCUGCGGUCUACGUGAAUCUACAACAACCGAACCAGCAGAACCAGAGUCAGCCGAACCGUCGCAGUUAGAUUUGCAUAAUGAACCACAGUCAACGGUUCCUCACCAAGCACCUGUGCAAACUCCAAGAGCUACUACUCAGCAGCAACAGAGCCAGCUUCGCCAGUCUUCGAGAGCAAGAAGACCACCCGUGAGGUAUGAGCCGUACCAUCUCUUCUAA